ACCCAUUCUCACCACCUCUUGAAGGCGAAGGCCUGGGCAGGAGCACAGGCUUCAGGCCCACGAUCGUAUAAGCCUUUGAAAACAAUGGCGCGUCGAUAUGUACGCUGCAAGAGGCCGCGCAUAGAUGAGGCGCGACAUCGCUGCAUCCGAAAUGUGGCACAAAGGACCCAUCAGGGCGAACAUCACCGGCAGACCGUCCCUCAGGCGAUCAAGCACACAAUGGGAGAGAAGGGCAGGAUUCAAGGCGGUCGUUCCCAACGCGGAAACUAGCACGACGCUCGGCGAGGCAUCGAAGAGCGCUGAGAAUCCCGGGGUAUUGUGGAAGGAGCUUCGGAGGGAGCAAGCGGAGGAGGAGACGUAUACUGCACGAACGUCAUCGGGUAAGUUGUCAUAGUCCAUUCGGCGCGUCUCCAUGACACGCUGAGAAGCGAGUCGCUUAGCAUUACUUCACUGAUGUCGCCUUGCUGCGUCUGUUCGCG